UGUCGUGUGGUGGACUAUAGAAAAUAGGGAGGUGUUAAUUAAUUAAUUGAAAAGGUAAUGAUUUUGGGGACGAACGAAGAUAUGAGAUUAUGAAAUGAAAUGAGAUAGUGUCUCUCACCAUUUCAAUGGAUCAGUGUUCUCUGGAAGAUCUGUUACACUCAAGUCUCUCCUUCCGUUCAAGUACACAACCCUCAAUUUGGCAUGUGGGCUGGGCAAUGACGCUUGGUGAGAUACUGAGUUCAAAAUCUGAAAGGUGGGAACUUCAACUCAAAGGAGCAUGGGUGGUGGGUGGUGGAGAUUGCUGAGCGUACUGCUUCCCUGAUUGCCAGAUGACAGGGGGUUGGUUUCACUCAUGGUGUGCUGAACACGGAUAACAUGAGCAUUUUGGGUCUUACAAUAGAUUAUGGCCCAUUUGGAUUUUUGGGUGCUUUUGAUCCUAAAUUUACCCCAAAUUCUACAGAUCUUCCAGGUCGAAGAUACUGCUUUGCAAACCAGCCUGACAUUGGUUUGUGGAAUAUUGCACAGUUCACAACAUCACUACAAGCUGCUCCUUUAAUAAAUGAAAAAGAGGCUAACUAUGCUAUGGAAAGAUAUGGAACGAGAUUUAUGGAUGAUUAUCAGGUUAUAAUGACCAAAAAGCUUGGCCUCCCUAAGUAUAAUAAGCAGAUGAUUAAUAAACUUCUUAGCAAUAUGGCCGUUGACAAAGUUGAUUACACAAACAUCUUUCGUACGCUUUCAAAUGUUAAAGCAGAAACAAACAUUCCAGAUGAUGAACUGUUAGUCCCACUAAAAUCAGUACUGUUAGAUAUUGGUAAAGAGCGUAAGGAAGCAUGGACCAGUUGGUUGAAAGCCUAUAUACAUGAGGUCUCUACCAGUGGCAUUCCUGACGAUGAAAGGAAGAUCUGGAUGGGUUUGGUGAAUCCUAAAUAUAUACUGCAAUUGAUGCUGCAGAAAUAGGUGAUUUUGGAGAAGUUCGUAGGCUGCUCAAAUUAGUGGAGCAUCCUUACGAUGAACAACCAGGAAUGGAAAAAUAUGCUCGCUUGCCACCAGGUGUAUGCAUGCUAUCUCAUGAGGCUCCCAGAUACCAGAUUUAGGUCUCAAAACACAAAAACUAGGAAUUAAUCAAGAGCAAAAAAAAGUAGCCUGUUUGUAUUACGGCUCUCUGUUUUCACUCUAGUUUAGUUUUACGUAUUAAAUUUGCUGUACUAAUACUUGAUGUUUGUCUCACUGGAUUUUUUCUUUGUAGGGAGGUGAUAAGGACAAGCGCAGAGAGACACUUGACAAGGAAGAUAAAUUA